GCUCAAAGGAAAAAGCACCGUUCGUGCCUUCCUUCACAUUCGUCUGUACGAGUGAGAGAGAGCUGGUCCGAAGUAUGUCCCAACACUGCUGCCAUCCAUGAUCCAUCAUCGAGUGCCGUUCCAGGACCUCGCCACUCUGGGAAGGGCAGGAGCAAGGUGGAGAUCGCCGCGUGCCGACGUGGCAUCUGAGGAGGCAAGGAAAGGGAUCCUCGAGGAGCCACACUUGUCACGUAUGCCGCAAUCGCCGAGCAUCACAUAAAUAGAGCCGAUUCUUCUUGUUACUAGCGUGCAUCACGGUGAGGAACCGAUCGUCGUUUCUCUACGAGAUUUUCUCUCCGUCUCGAUCUCGAAAGCAAGCGAUGGAAGUGAUGACGGACACGAAGCGGUCCUGCUCCGGUGGCCUGGCGGCGCUCGCCACCAGCCUCGCAAGCCGCCUCGCCGUCACGGUGAAGAACCGAUCGUCGUUUCUCUACGCGAUUUUCUUCCCGUCUCAAAAGCAGGCGAUGGAAGCGACGGGUGUGCACUACUCUGUAGUGAGGGAGGACACGACGCCGUCCUGCUCCGGUGGCCUGGCGGCGCUCGCUGCCAGCCUCGUGGGUCGCCUCGCCGACGACGACGGCGCGGGAGGCAACCUGGUGUUAUCGCCGCUGUCCAUCUACGCGGCGCUCGCGCUCCUGGCCGCCGGCGCCCGGGGCGCCACCCAGGAUGAGAUACUCGGCGUCCUCGGCGCGCCGUCUCGCGCGGCGCUCGACGAGUUCCUCUCCACCGUGGCGGAGGACGCGCUCGAGGACCACUCCGAGCCCGGCGGGCCGCGCGUCGCGUUCGCGUGCGGCGUCUGGACCGACCUCACCUGCCCGCUGAAGCCAGCCUACCGCCACGCCGCCGCGAGCGCGUACAAGGCCGACGCCAGCACCGUCGACUUCCGCGACAAUCCGGAGGCGGCACGGGGUCAGAUCAACGCGUGGGUCGCGCAGGCCACGAGGAACCUGAUCGGCUCCGUCCUUGGUCUGGGAACAAUAACGCCGUACACCCGCGUCGUGCUCGGCAACGCUGUAUACUUCAAGGGCAAGUGGGAGGAUCCGUUCGACAAGGAGGCCACCGCCAACAAGCUGUCCCACCGUCUCGACGGCCGCACCGUCGACGUGCCCUUCAUGCACCGUCGACGUCGCCAGUUCAUCGCGGUGCACAAAGGGUUCAAGGUGCUCAAACUCAGGUACCAAAUGGCUCAACGGCAAGGCCGACACAUCGAUCGUAACAAGCGUACACAGUUUUCUAUGUGCAUCUUCCUCCCUGAUGCCUUAGACGGCUUGCCGAGCCUGGUCGACGCGAUAGCAUCCCAACCUGGCUUCCUGCACAAGCACCUACCGAAGAGGAAGCUCGGGGUUAGGGAGUUCCGGGUGCCCAAGUUCAAGCUGUCCUUCCACAGCAGCGUAGUCACCAUCCUGAAGAAGCUGGGGCUUCAGUUGCCGUUCAGCGAUCAAGCCGAUCUCUCUGACAUGGUGGAGCGUGAUGAAUCUGAUUUGCCAUUGGUCCUGAGUGACGUCAUCCACAAGGCGGUCAUCGAGGUAAAUGAAGAGGGCACCAUAGCGGCUGCCGUCUCCAUGAGGUAUGCGGACAUAGAAUGUGCUAUCACGCGGUGUAACGCCCCGGAUCCGAUGCGCCAGUUGUCCGUCAGUUAUUCGUCGUUGCUGCCAUGUCAUUUGCUUGUGUGCGGCAACGGCUGA